AUGCUACUCACCCGCCGUCUCCCUCGCCUGAGGUUGAACAGGUCGAUCGGGCCCCCUAUACACUCUACGCAAUCCAGGACUGCCCCGGCGGCUGAGCAACCUUGCCGCUGCUCGAGCACCUUACGCGCUUCACCCCUCGAGGAGACCGAGACGGUCAAGACGAUCAACAAGCUUCUUUCGCAGGUCAGAGCUCGCAAUCGACCUUCUUCCUCUUCCUCCGAGGAUCUGUUGACCUCGAGGUUGCCCACCAGGAUCAACACGCAGACGUGGAUCGAGUAUGCAAAGUCUCAGACGGCCACUGAAAAGGCCUCGGCUGGAGGGAGCGGACGAGAGGAAAUGUUGCAGCAAGUAGAAGAGAUGCUCAGGAGACCCAAGAGGAUGCACGACAGCUAUGUAGAGCUGCAGCUACCCUUCUCGAAAGACCCUCAACUGGCGGAUAGGUACAUCGCUACCAGCGGUAGCAUCAGAUUGGGAAAGAUUUUUGAAGAUCUUGACAACCUCGCAGGAGAUAUCGCCUACUCCCAUGUUCUAGGUGGACGUCCCAAGGCAGGCGACCGCAAAGUCCCCAUCUUCAUCGUGACGGCGAGUGUGGACCGACUGGACUUGGUGGUGGAUAGCUUGGAAGCAACUUGUGACUACCGCCUGAGCGGACUGCCCAUCUUUGUCGGUUCUUCGUCGAUGGAGGUACUGGUUGCCAUCGAUCAGAUUCUGCCUGGUAAAGGAUCUGAUGGACAGGCUCAAACAAAGACCUGCUUGACCGGUCGAUUCACCAUGGUCACACGCAACGCUCUGACUGCAAAGAGUCAAAGUAUCCCACCACUGGAGCUCCAAGCUGAAGACGAAUCGAAGCUCUUUGCAUUCGGCGAGGGUCACAAGCAGAAGAAGAGGCGAGAAUUUGAGAUGGCCUUGAGCAGAGUACCGCCGACGCAGCAAGAAGCAAGGGAGCUCCACGAGCAGUGGCUCAAUGAUCACGACCUCCUGACUGCCCAAUCAAGGGAUACUGUCCAUGCUCCAACUUCCACUCAUGCAGUGAUCCCAGUCGGCCCUAGCGAAACGCGCCUGAUUUCAACGCAGCACGUACACCCUCAGUCUAGAAAUGUCCACAUGAAGGUCUUUGGCGGCUUCCUGAUGCGGCAAGCCUAUGAGCUGGCCUGGAUGGUUGGUGCCACCUUUUCGCGUCAGCCCGUGAAAUUUCUGGCUUUAGACGCCCUCAGCUUCCACGCUCCGGUACCCGUGGGGGCGAUGCUGUCUCUGACGGCUCAAAUCGACUAUACCUCGGCACCUCAAGUGCGAUGCGACGGGGGCGAGCGCUGCGUCGGUGCGAUUGCUGUCUUGGCCGAGGUCGUGGACAUCGAGGUGGGCACGAGGAGGCGUACGAAUACCUUUCACUUCUCCUUUGAUCUAGGGGGUGGACAAGUGACACAGAGGGUGUCACCGGUGAGCUAUCAAGAGUCUAUGGCCUGGAUCGAGGGCAAGCGGAGGGUGGAAUUGGGACUGGAGUUGCGCAGGCUGUACGAUGGCAUUGGGGCAUAG